AGCAGGCAGAUCGCACGCGGCCGGUCACUCUCCACUCCUGCUACCUGACGUGGGGAACUCGGGUCAAAUUUGGCACGUUGGGGAGAAACAGUCACUGACCCCCCAGCUGUGCUAAUGAUUUGCAUAAGCUUCUAGUUCCUUAGAUAUUUUUUUUUUUUUUUUUUUUUUUUACUAAUAUUACUUACCGGAGAAUCUUUUUUUGAUAAGGAGAUAUUUCAGUAUGGUAUUAUUAGCUUAAUUGGAUAGAACGAAGUGACGAAUGUGAUAUGUGUGCAAAGACCCGUAAAACGAAUGAAGACCAACUAAGACUGAUACCAGAAACUGGGCAUUCGACGAUACCGCCCAUCAACCCUAGUCCUUUGCAUGGUAUUUAUAAAGUCACGUGAUCAACUACCACAUGGAAACGGAUUUGGUAUCCACAAGUACCAACAUAUAACACGAAAAACAAUCGGCGAGGAAGCAGUGCCGAGUUGAGUGCCUCAUCGGAGAUCAGCUGACUGACGCAACAUGACCGAGACUGGCACUCUGCGGUGUCUCUUCAUCUUGGCACUUGUCAUUGCCGCAUCGCGCGCUCAGAGACAAUGCGGUGUCAGUCGCUUCAACAAACACAGGCAACCACGGCCUUUGAACCAAGACGCCACAGCCUACGGAGACAGCGGAGGAGACUACAACUACAACUACAACAACAACAACAACAACGACGACGGCAUCUUCACGCAGCAGCGACUAAGGACGAAUAACAGAAUGAUGGUUUUCGAAGACAUGUCGACUGGCCGCAUUGUAGGGGGCAAGGAGAGUACCCCUGGAGCAUGGCCAUGGCAGGUGUCCCUCCAACUGAUUCAUCCUCGCUGGGGUCGAAUCGGGCACUGGUGCGGCGGAGUCCUGGUGGACGAGCGCUGGGUGGUCACCGCCGCCCACUGUAUCAACAACAAGGCCUUCAGCUUCACCCAGACUGCUGCCGUGUGGCAGGUUGUCCUUGGGGAAUACGAUCGCUCCGAACUCAGCGGUCACGAGGCCGUGCUCGGGGUCGUCACCGUGGUUACUCACGACGACUUCAAUGACUACCAGAACGACAUUGCCAUGCUGAAGCUGAAGGAGGACGCGGUGUUCAACGACCACGUGCAGCCGAUCUGCCUCCCGGACACCGACGCAGGGCUGGACAACGAGACUUUCCUGGGCAUCAAGUGCGUGGCCACGGGCUGGGGCAUGCGAAUCCACGGGGCGCGCCUUGAGAACCGCCUGAAGGAGGUGUGGGUACCCGUGGUCAACAACAGCCACUGCGUCAAGAUCUACGGCAUGAUGCACAGCAUCCCCGUCAAGGACUACCACGUCUGCGCUGGCUUCACCCACGGCGGCGGCGGCCAGGGAACGUGCAUCGGCGACUCCGGGGGGCCUCUGCAGUGCAACAUGCUCGACGGCCGCUGGUACCUGGCCGGUGUCACCUCCUUCGGGUCCGGGUGCGCCAAGCCGGGCUUUCCCGACGUGUACACGAGGAUCACGUAUUACCUGCCGUGGAUCAAGCAGCAGAUGAGGAUCUACAGAUGAUCCCGGGAGGAGAGGAUGCGGAGGAGGAGGACGGCGUCGGGCAGCGGGAUUUGGAAGGCUCUGCGGCAGGCGAUCGAAGGUUCCCUCUUGCAGUAGCGGAGGGACUGGUGCGUCCAGGUCGUCUGCCAGGUCGUUAACCAGACCGUCUGCCAGGUCGUUAAACAGACCGUCUGCCGAAUCGUUAACCAGGUCGUCUGCCAAGUCGUUAACCAGGUCAUCUGCCAUGUCGUUAACCAGGUCGUCUGCCAGGUCGAUUACCAGGUCGAUUGAUGCCUGGUUGGAGCGGGACAUCAAGUACACCCGAGUGAUAAACGUUUGUAAUCAGAAGGGUGUAAUCAGAUCCCCCGAACCGUGAUACACAAUCACGUCCAAACCACAGCGAUCAGCAGUUAAUCAGAGAGAGAGAAAAAAAAAACACCAGCGGACUUUCCCUCUGUUGAUCUCAAUUGCGGAAUCCAUGGCUGUUACACUGCACGAUAUUGUGAUUUUCUCCCUUACCUGUUGACGUUUUCCCCCCAAACAGACAAGGGUGUGAUGAGGGGAGGGCCAAUUUCGCCGCGCUCGAGGUGGGGGAAAAUUAAUUCAUGAAAGUAUGAUCAACAGAAAUGAAAAAAAAAGAUAAAUGAAGUGGAGUGAAAGAAAGGUCGCUGAAAUGCCAAUGUGAAUAAAAAUAGACGGAACAGUUUACGUGAAAGUUACAGUUAACGGCAUAUAAAAGACAGCUUUGUGAACCGUAUACAUUGGUUUAUAUAUAAAAAAAGAUGGAUAUAACCAGAACCAUUAUCCAUAACACCAUAACUAGUCAAACGGAGACAGGGAGUAGAGAGAACUUUAAGCACCAUUAGUGAAUGAACUAAAAACGUGAUAAAUUCAUGUCAUUUAGAAAAGACAAAAUCUCUACACAGUCUUGUUUCUUUAUUAAUCUUCAUAGAUAUAAAAUACCGUAGAUAUUUUAUUGUUUUCUUUUUCUGUAAUGAUGGUUUGAAUCAUUGUAUGUUGUAUGAUAGUUUAUCGGUCGCUUGUGUCCGAACUUAACGUUAAUUUUCAGAAAAGGCAAUCUGCUUCUUGAACGAAUAUAGUGCAAAUUUUGUUGUUCAUCUGAACCUCAUUUGAACAUAAAUGUAUCAUCGCGAACAUCUUUUUUAUUGUGUUCAUUGCAUCACAGUCAUUAACCUCGCAAAAUUUGCUCAUCAUCAUUGUAUCCUCCGUUUUUUAUUUGUGAUUUUGACAAAGAAUAGAAAAAAGAGAAUGAAAAUAAAAAUAGAUAUGAAAACUAUUGAUUGAAAUAGAUUUGGAAAUUU